AUGUCUCCGGCUAUUUUCAGCAACGAGUCUAGUUCCAAUGGCCACGCGAACGGUGUGAAGAAGCGUCACCCCGGUGGCUUCGGAACUCGUGCCAUUCAUGUGGGAUCGGAACCGAGUCAAGAGACUGGUGCUGUUAUACCCUCCAUAUCGCUGAGCACGACGUACAAACAGAAUGGUGUUGGAAACCAUAAGGGUUUCGAAUACUCUCGCUCCGGAAACCCAAAUCGCAAUGCACUAGAAAAGACCCUCGCUUCGUUAGAAUCAGGUGGUGCUCAUGCGCUUGCCUUCGCCUCGGGAUCUGCCACCACUGCGACCGUGCUGCAGUCACUCGGACCAGAUGCGCACGUUGUCAGUGUGAACGACGUAUAUGGCGGUACAUUCCGCUAUAUGUCUAGAGUUGCGAGCGAAAAUCAGGGCAUGGAGGCGACGUUCGUUGAUCUCGAGAAUGCAGACGAUGAGACCAUACUAGCGGCUUUCCGUUCUAACACCAAGCUGGUCUGGAUAGAAUCACCCACAAACCCGACCCUCCGCGUUAUCGAUAUCCCACGAAUUGUUUCACUUGCACGCUCUGCGCAGUCUUCGCCCUUGGUGCUCGUUGACAACACCUUCCUGUCCCCUUUCUACUCUUCUCCGCUUCUGCAGGGCGCCGACAUUGUCAUGCACAGCCUGACGAAGUACGUCAACGGCCACUCCGAUGUCGUCAUGGGCGCGCUUAUCCUGCCGGCGCACCAUACCGCUCUAGUCGAAAAGUUGCGCUUCCUCCAGAAUGCGAUCGGCUCGGUUCCUAGUGCGUUCGACUGCUGGCUAGCCCAGCGCGGUGCAAAGACCCUCCACCUACGCAUGAAAGCGCACGGUGAGAACGCGCUUGCGAUUGCUCAGGCACUGGAGCACUCUCCGUACGUGGAAGAAGUCAUCUACCCUGGACUUGCGUCGCAUCCGCGAAACGAGGUCGCUUUCCGUUCGCUUUCGCCGCAUGCCCGCAAAUUCGUGAACGAAGUGCUCAGCCGGGGCGUGGAGGGCGGAUUCCCAUACGGCGGGAUGAUCUCGUUCAGGAUACGCGGCGGUGCGGAAGAGGCAGAUAGAUUCUUGACCGCGACGCGCCUGUUCACGCUGGCAGAGUCGCUUGGUGGCGUGGAGAGUCUUGCAGAACUUCCUGCGCAGAUGACCCAUGGGAGCAUCCCUCCAGCGGAGCGUGCGCUGCUCGGCAUUAGCGACAACCUCAUCCGUCUGUCGGUCGGCGUGGAGGAGACUGAGGACUUGGUUGCCGACGUGGAGCAGGCUCUGGAGGCAGCAGUUGGCUCUUCGGAGAAGCCGCUUUUUGCGAACGGGGUGCAUUGA